UAUUAUGUUAAUAUAAUAUAUAAUUGUAGAGUUUUGGUCGUCGUGACGUUACGUGUUGUUCGGCGUUUUUGAAUUCAUCAAUUUGUUUUUUUUUUAUUUUACAAGCCUUAACCUAAACGAACAGAUUACCGAUCGUUUUAAAAAUGAUAACACCAAAGUCCAAAACGAGUUAAACGAUCAAAACUACCGGAACUGGAAUUUUUAGAUUACUUUAUUUUCGUUAGUAGUUUCGAUUAUUUUAUUAUUAACUUACUUAUUAGUUGCUGAGAACCAUUAAUAUGAAUUGAUAGAGUACAUUCACUUCACACCGGUCAUCAAUUUAUUCAACUUGAGAGAUAUUAUGGACCUGCUCAAGAAGUACUUCAAUAACGAUUCUUCAUUUCCUUUAUUUUCAGAUUAUUUCACAAACUAUUAUGAUUAUGUCAAUGAUAAACCAAUUCCUUUAGUCCUGGCACCUUUAACAAUUGCUCUAUUCUGUUACUAUGUCUUCAUUUAUGUAAGAAAAUUUUAUCCAAUUUAUGUUAACUGUUGGUUUUGCAAUGCCAAUUUUAAAGUAGCUUUUGAGGACCGACUUGAAUAUUCAUGCAUUGAAUGUGGACAGUUUAAUGGAUUUAAAAAGGAUGGAAGCUAUAGUAAAUCAAUUCCUGAGCAACAUGAUCAAAGGUACAACAGAGCAAUUUUUUCUGUAGUCCAAGAAGAUUUUAAGGAAAAUAAAAAUGGUUUAUGUAAUAAGUGCAAUAUUAUUCAGGAAAUGAAAGUAAAACAGUUAGCUAGUUUUACCCCUACCAAGGAAAAAUACUUUGAUAGGGAAAUUGAAAAGUUCAAGGAAAACUUAGAAGCAACCUUAAAGUUGUGUUCCAAAUGCAAUCAAUAUACACAAAAAGUACUAUCAUUGCAAGAACAACGUUACAACUUAAGAUCAACAAGAAUAAAUAAUUAUCAUAAAGAUAUUCAAGAUACUGGUGUCUGGCCUAAUAUAUGCUCACUAUUCUUAUCAUUUAUUAUAUUUGUACUGUCUUCUGGUGUUGAGAACUAUAUGGGUGAUUGGCCAAUACAAAAUUUAAAUCUAUUGAUUUCUAAAAAUAGCCCUAUAUCACUAACACACUCAAUUGGAAUGGUUAGCCUAGCUGGUACAUUUUGCCAAGUUUAUCACUGUUUGAGCACAUUAGACAAAUUAAGCGCCAUAACUAUGUUCCUAUGGUCAUCAUUAUGCGCUAUCAAUAAUUUUGAAAAAUUUGUACAUUUAAAACCUAAACUUCUCAUUUCUACAAUUAUUGUGCUUCUUUCAUCAGUGUCUGUACUUAGACAUUUGACAAAGAAACAAAAAAUUGAACAAACGAGUAUUAAACUGGAGGAUGAAAAAUUCAAAAUUAAUGAUACAAGUUAUUUUGAUACAAGUGCAAACAGAUCAUAUAAAAAUAAUGAUGAAUCAGAAAUGAUGGAUAUUGAUCAUAUUGAGGAGUUACCUAAGAGUCGAAAAAGGAUAUUAAACAAGACUGUUGAUAAUCUGUUCCAAGGGAUGAAACUCAAUGAAAACCGUGGUGUCAAAAAUAAUAUACUUCGACCACCAAAGUUUUCAAUGCCUAUCAAACGUGACAAGUUUUCAGGAUAUGCAGAGUCUGCUCCUGGAUAUUAUUCAACAUAUUCAGUAAAAGAUGAUUAUGACUUUGAUACACAGAGCAUUUACUCUCAACACAGUUAUAGACCACAAUAUUCACCAUUGUGUCACCAGCCAGUUUCGCCAUAUACGUAUUAUGCUCUGCCACAUCACCAUAAUAGUCCUAUGAACUUAUCGCAUUCAUCAAACACUUCAAGUAUACAGCACACUUCAGAAUGGCCAAAGAUGUUGAUGUACUCAAUUCCGGGAAUUAUAUUACUUGUUCUGCAAUGUUACCUGUUGUAUGACAUUAAAGACUACAUGAAACAAAAGUGAGAUUAGAUUUAAAUUUUUAUCUUAAUUUAAUGAACUAGACAUUAUUUUGUAAAUAUUAACUGUAACACUGCUAUUGUUUGUCCCUAAAACAUGUAAACAUAAUAGUGUUCUUAAUGUAUAAAGACUGUUAACAUUUAUCAUUGUUUUUGUUAACAUUAUUGUAAGGAAAUUUUUGUUAGUUUUUUUUCUACUAUGUGAACUCUUCUGUAUACAUUUUGAUUUAAUUUUUAAUAAAUUCUUUCAGUUAUAA